CCCGCCCAUCAAAGCUUUAGACCAAUAAGAAACGCUCCUUUUGUGUUAUACCACGCCCCUCACACUCCCGGAUGUCUGUCAUGAAGAAUAGCUAGGUGGUUGGCUCACUUGUAUCAAACAAAACACGGACGGUGGGCAUCGUCUGGUGAAAAAUGGCAGAGGGAGGCUUUGACCCUUGUGAGUGCAUCUGCAGCCAUGAGUAUGCUAUGAGGCGCCUCAUCAACCUGCUCAGGAAUUCCCAGUCCUACUGCACAGACACAGAAUGCUUUCAGGAAUUGCCAGGUCCCAAUGGGCCCAUUGGUGGGGGUGGAGACCUGACCCUCCCCAUGAUUAUGAUGGGAUGGAUGGUGGUAGCUCUGCUUCUGUACCUUCUGCGUCCAUCCAGUCUGAGAGGUUCCAGUCAAACAGGCAAACCUACUGGACCACACAAUAGUGACAGAAGAGAGCCCCCUGCACCUCCCAUUGACUAGCAGAGAAAGCAGAGUACCAGCACUUUGACACCUGCUCCGACUGGAGCUGCACAGUGAGAAAUUUCCAGUGACCUGUGACCAUCUCCCUGCCAAGCUUUAUCCAAAUAUCUAUGACUUUUCUUUCUUUUUAUCUUUUUAUUUUGUGGUAUAUCAGUCAAUGAGUCCUACUGUGAGGGCCCACAUUCUCUCUUGAUUAAUGAGGCCAAAUACAAAUGAAAAAUCUGAUGGUAUUGAGGUAAAUGCUCAUCUUAUAAUGGUACAUAAAAAAAAACAUACCACAUUUACGGCCAUUCUCUGGUCACUUUAGUUUUUGUUUUUUUUUAAAAGCUAAAGAACAAAAAAUUGAAAAAUACAAUCUUUACCAACCUAAAACUUUAACUGAGAUUAAAAGAUUUCUUUAACAGGCUGUUUUCUAUUAUUUAGACAUGUACACAUCAGCCUGUGAUACCAGCAUGUUGAUACUUUAGCUGGGUGUUCACCAAAUGAUUAAUCAGAGGCUGUUACAUUUUUCUAAGUUAGUUCCUGAUACCAGCUCUGGUGCUGGCAGACCUGCAGAAACUCCAAAUGAAAAAAAAUGGUCACGUGUCUGGGAGAAGGGAGGGGUAGCAGGGAGUUCCUUUUGGGAAACUUUAAAUGUUGUUUGUGUGCUUGUUGAGUAAUGAAGGGUGGUGGGUUCUUCAUUCCUGUCUUUUUACUUUAUACAUCUCUAAACAGUGCCAGUGCUGAUGUCAUAUCACAUACAGUUACGAAAGUAUAUUCAAACCAGCAGAUAGAUUACAACUCAUUCAGAGAAGCAAAAUACGUUUUAGAAUGUUAAAAUCAUUCUCUGUACCAUGAUUGUCUUGUGUUUAAAAGACAAAAGGGAUCAUUGUGAUCUAAUUAAAUAUCCAAGGUUCAUAUUUCAUUAGCACUUUUUGUUGUUGUAUGUUGUUCCCUUUUUGAAGGUGUGAUGUGCAUAUCAAACUCUCUAAAUUUUAACCUCAGCAGUCUUUCAUUAAAAGGAGAAAACCAAGGUAUCUUAAGAACUUCUUUAUAAUAAUAUGUUGGAAAGAAAAAGAAAGGAGUACAAAAAAGGAGUAACUUAGACCAACGAUAAUGUAAAUUUGUAGAACUUGUUUCAGUGCUUGUCUGAGAUACGAUCAUUUUAUGAAAGCAGCAUUAUAUGAAGUCCUUUUUACUCUAAAGUUGUGAUGGGAAGUUGAUGAUCUGCCGUACCUUUCUAUCGUUUUUUUUUAUUACUGUUUACUCUAUAAGGUUACUCUCUUCAGUAAUACCUUGUUUAUUCUCUUGAUCAAGAGCUCUGCUAAACAAAAUCUUUCUUUUUAUAUUUGUCUGGGUGCAGUACAUGAUAGUGGGUUUUCUGUUUCAGUCAUUUUAUUAUGUACCUUCUACAGUAAUGAUGCUAUUCAAGUUUUUCUAGGACUAGGUUUCUGCUUCAUGGUGAUCAGAAAUGAAAUGGAUAAUUCUUAAAAUGAAGGCUUUUUCUUCUGUGCAUCGUCUAGAAUUCAGGAGCUGGAUCAGCUCAGUAAUGUGUGAGCUUAGUUCAUCCCAACAGUCUUCAACGGCUGCUCUUCAUUUCCACAUUAAUAAAUGCCCUCUGAUUUUUGUGACUGUAUUCUGGACUUGCUUUAAAGAUGGCAGAGAGGAAAUAAACAAAGGGAAUAACUGAAGUAACCCAUAAGUAGCUGUGUAAAAUUAAGGGGGAGCCAUUCUAGACUGUUGAGAUGAGCAGCACAGGAGAACAUGAUUUACACUGUUACUGUACACGAGAAAAGGGCUUAAACUAUGCACUUUUCCUACAACAAAACAAAAAAAUAAAUAAAGAAUUCAGUCUUA